AUGACUUCUAGGCUGGAUCGUCUGGUCACCUUACUGGAGACAGGCAGCACGCCUCUCAUCCGCAAUACCGCCGCCCAACAGCUGGCCGAUGUCCAGAAGCAGCAUCCAGAUGAACUGUUUAAUCUCCUUGGUCGCAUCCUCCCCUAUCUCAAGUCCAAGUCAUGGGAUACCCGCACCGCCGCGGCCAAGGCCAUCGGCCUCAUCGUCACUAAUGCUGAUAUCUUUGACCCCAACGAAGAAGAUGGCGAGCAUAUUAAGAAGGCCGAAGAUGAUAAUGACGACGAUGAUGAAGGCGACUUGAAUGUCGACAUUAAGGCAGAGGAUGAGGAACAAUCGCUGUCUUCCAAUGAUUCGUUGCUCCAGCUGGACUGUCUAGACUUGACCGCUGUUCUAAAAUACGGCAAGCGAUUGCUGGGGAGUGCCGGCAAAGAAUAUGAAUAUUCUCUGGCUGCCAUGGAUCCAGCGUCACGACUACAGCACCAGAAGAAAACUCUCACCUCUCGUUUAGGUCUUGCUGGGGAGUACAUCGAAGAGGACUUGAUCGAUGACAAUGAUCUGGCCUUGAAGACGCCGGGCAUCAAAGAGGACCCUUCUGUGUCGCGCGAGAACAACAACAAUAACCAGAACCACAACCAUAAUCUGAAUGCACCCCCCGUGGCUUCUCCUUGCGAACCGGCCAAUGGGGAGGAGUCGGGACUGAGCAAGCGACAGUUGAACCAGCUAAAACGAAAAAACAAGCAGAGUGCGAAGAUGGGUGCGAGUAAAGUACGUGUGGUGGAUCUGUCUGCGCGGCGGCCGUCCGAGAAUGUCACCACCCCUUCAGCAACGACGCCUCACCCCGUGAAAACCGAAAAUGGAGAGGAGCGCAACGGCGAUUCGAAGCCGGAUUACUUCUCCCUGGACCGGUCGACCGGCGAUGAUGACUCGAAGAUUGUCACCGAAUUUAAAGGGGAGUCCGCACCGGAAAAGCCUCUGAUACAACCCGAGCUGGUAGAUGAAGGUCCCAGUCCGGUCUGGCCUUUCGAGCCCAUGUGUGAUUUCCUCAUGGUAGAUGUCUUCGACCCGAACUGGGAAGUCCGCCACGGUGCUGCCAUGGCCCUCCGAGAGGUCAUCCGGGUGCAAGGCCCUGGUGCUGGUCGGUUGCGGGGGAAGAGCAGAGCCGAAAAUGACACUUUGAAUCGCAAAUGGCUGGACGACCUUGCCUGUCGUCUCCUCUGCGUGCUCAUGCUUGACCGCUUUGGUGACUACAUCUCGGACAAUGUUGUUGCUCCCAUCCGGGAGACCGUCGGCCAAACGCUCGGUGCGCUCCUAUCUCAGCUUAGCGCACGCACGGUCAUCGCGGUUUACCAAUGUCUCUAUCGCAUCAUCAUGCAAAACGACUUGGACCUGGAGCGACCAAUCUGGGAAGUGUGUCACGGUGGUAUGAUCGGCCUCCGAUACCUGGUGGCAGUGCGCAAGGAUCUACUUGUGAAGGACGCCAAGCUCAUGGAUGGUGUCCUGGAGGCCGUUAUGAAAGGCCUAGGGGACUAUGACGACGAUGUCCGGGCAGUGAGUGCGGCGACUUUGGUUCCCAUUGCCGAAGAAUUUGUCACCUCUCGACAAGGCACUCUGGGCCCGCUCAUGACGAUUGUAUGGGACUGCCUAUCGAAUCUGCAGGACGACCUGAGUGCAAGUACCGGCUCGGUGAUGGAUCUGCUGGCAAAGCUCUGCACAUUCCGGGAGGUUCUCGAAGCGAUGAAAGCCAAUGCGGCCGUCAAUUCCGAGUCCUCGUUUGGCAACCUGGUCCCUCGUCUUUAUCCAUUCUUGCGACAUACGAUAACGAGUGUACGCUCCGCCGUCCUUCGGGCUCUCAUAACAUUCCUGCAGCUCGAAGGUUUAGGCACUAAUGACUGGGUCAAUGGCAAGGCACUGCGUCUCAUCUUCCAGAACCUGUUGGUGGAGCGGAACGAGGGAGUCCUGAAGCUGUCUCUACAGGUGUGGUCGGAAUUACUCAAGGCUCUGGAGACCCGGGGACUAUUCAAAUCGGACUCCGACUUGUUGAGUUGCGUCCAGCCUCUCAUAACCUUGACCCUGGCGCCUUUUGGCGUACUUCGUUACCCUAUCCCUAUGAAUGCCUCCCUUUUCAUCAAACCAUCCGGUGUGCCUUUCCCAACAAGCGCUGCUGCCCCCGCAAAGUCCUCCCCAACCUCAAAUAGUGCUGCACCUGAUGGAGUGAAGAAGCGAGGACGUAAAGCGGAGAAGAAGGAAGUCCCGCCACCUCCUUCGGCCCACAACGUUGACGGACAUAUGCUCCAGGGUGACAUUGACCUGGUCGGCGCAGAUACCAUGCUCCGGUCCAAGAUUCACGCGGCAAAGGCGAUUGGCGAAUUCCUUCAUAUCUGGGACAAGCACGGGCUCUCAAGCCUCUGGCCGUAUGUUUUGGAAGGCCUUGACUUCCCCGCGUCCACUUCGCAGCUCUCGUCUGCAAUGGUGAUUGAAGAAUAUGCCAAGCAUACCGGACCCAGUGGUGAGUAUGCUCCCACUCUGUGUGAGAAGCUGCGCCUCGUCAUUGAAGGAGAGCGCCCCAUGUGGUAUAGUGAUAUUGCUUGCUACCUCCAUGUUGCCCGUGCACAGUGCCAUUCUUUGUUGAAUACCUUCCGGGACCAUGCGCAUGUGCCCGGGUCAAGGUUGCCGGUCCUGGCUGUUAUCGUGCAAGGGGACGCCGAAGCUGGCCCCAGUGCGUUCUCCCUGUCCGAUGCCGAGAAGGUCAUUGGGCCCGACUUCGAGCGACUGAAGAAGGGGCUGGCGCCGGCUCAGCGUAUCACUGCUCUGCAAGUAUUGAACGAUACGCGCGCCACCGCAGAGAGUGCUGUCUCCGAGGCGCGGGGCGCCCGAGAGCAAAGAGACAUGCGCAUCACGGCGGCGGCGGCAGGUGCCUUGGUUGCAUUGCAUAAUAUUCCUAAGAAGCCGGGCCACCUCAUCAAGGGAAUGAUGGAUAACAUCAAGAAGGAAGAAAAUGCCGAGCUUCAACAGCGCUCUGCUACGGCCAUUGUAACUCUCGUGGAGUACUACACAACCGCCGCAAAGAGAGGCCCCGUCGACAAGGUGAUUGGAAACUUGGUCAAAUACUGCUGUGUGGACACGUCAGAAACCCCGGAGUUCCACCACAAUGCCGGCUUGGAGAAGUCAAUCCUAUCCCUCCGGAAAGAAGAAGAUCGGCGUGAUCAUCCAGAUGCGGCGAAGUUCGAGAAGGAAGCCAAGGAGGCGAGAAUCAUGCGCCGGGGCGCGAAGGACGCUCUCGAACAACUGGCUGUCAAGUUUGGCCCGGAGCUGAUGGAGAAAGUCCCCAACCUUGCAUCCCUCGUCGAACGUCCUCUUAAGGAAGCUCUCGCUGGGGAUCUACCGGCCAACAUCCACGACCCCGACAAUGAACUCGGCCAGGAAGUAGUGGAUGGGUUAUCGACGUUACGUGCCAUUCUGCCCAAGUUCGACCCGGGCCUCUACCCUUGGGUGGUCGGCCUCAUGCCAACUGUGGCCAAAGCACUUCAGUGCCAGCUGUCCGUCAUACGUUACGCUGCUGCCAAGUGCUUUGCUACAAUAUGUAGCGUCAUCACCGUGGAAGGGAUGACCAUGCUGGUCGAGAAAGUGCUGCCUGCUAUCAACAAUGCCUUGGAUGUUCAUCACCGACAAGGAGCUGUCGAAUGUAUCUACCAUCUCAUCCAUGUGAUGGAGGAUGGUAUCCUACCCUAUGUUAUCUUCCUUGUCGUACCUGUUCUGGGAAGAAUGAGCGACUCUGAUAACGAUGUGAGACUGCUGGCCACGACGUCAUUUGCCACCCUAGUCAAACUUGUCCCUCUAGAGGCUGGAAUUCCCGACCCGCCUGGUCUCUCCGAGGAGCUGCUGAAGGGGCGGGAGCGAGAAAGGAAAUUCAUGUCUCAGAUGUUGGAUGUACGAAAAGUGGAGGAAUUCCAGCUACCGGUCUCCAUCAAGGCCGAGCUUAGGCCCUACCAACAAGAGGGAGUGAACUGGCUUGCCUUUCUCAAUCGCUACAAUCUUCACGGUAUCCUCUGCGACGACAUGGGUCUCGGUAAAACGCUCCAGACACUAUGCAUUGUUGCUAGCGAUCAUCAUAUGCGUGCCGAGGAGUUUGCGCGCACCCAGACGCCCGAGGCCAGGAAGCUUCCGUCUUUGAUUGUCUGCCCCCCGUCCCUGUCCGGACAUUGGCAGCAGGAAAUCAAACAGUAUGCUCCUUUCCUCAACAGCGUCGCAUAUGUUGGACCUCCGGCGGAACGUGCGCGACUGAGAGGCGCCCUCACGGACGCAGAUAUCGUUGUGACCUCGUACGAUAUCUGCCGGAAUGACAGCGACGUCCUCUGCCCGAUAAGCUGGAACUAUUGCGUGCUAGACGAGGGGCAUCUGAUCAAAAACCCCAAGGCGAAGGUCACACUGGCGGUCAAGCGCAUUGGAAGCAACCACCGGUUGAUCCUUUCUGGUACCCCUAUUCAGAACAAUGUGCUGGAGCUGUGGUCCCUUUUCGACUUCCUGAUGCCCGGGUUCCUGGGCACGGAGAAAGUUUUCCUGGACCGAUUCGCAAAGCCGAUUGCCGCCAGCCGGUUCAGCAAGUCGUCUUCGAAGGAGCAGGAAGCCGGGGCAUUGGCGAUUGAGGCGCUGCACAAGCAAGUGCUGCCGUUCUUACUGCGUCGUUUAAAGGAAGAGGUUCUCAAUGAUCUACCGCCGAAGAUUAUCCAGAAUUAUUACUGUGACCCGAGUGAGCUCCAGAAGAAGCUAUUCGAGGAUUUUACCAAAAAGGAGCAGAAGACCCUGGCGAACAAGGUGGGAAGCUCAGAAAAAUCAGACAAGGAGCACAUCUUCCAAGCGUUGCAGUACAUGCGGCGUCUCUGCAACUCGCCUGCGCUUGUCGUCAAAGACGGACACAAGCAGUACGAGGAGGUGCAGAGCUACCUGACCGCGAAGAACUCGUACAUCCGUGAUGUAGCGCACGCCCCCAAACUCAGCGCCCUGCGCGACCUACUGCUGGACUGCGGCAUCGGCAUCGACCCACCCAGCGAAGGUGACCUGGGGACAGGGGCAAGCUACGUGAGCCCUCACCGAGCUCUUAUCUUCUGUCAGAUGAAAGAAAUGCUUGAUAUUGUACAGAGCGAAGUGCUCAAGAAACUGCUUCCCUCGGUGCAGUAUCUCAGGUUGGACGGCAGCGUGGAAGCGACGCGACGACAGGACAUUGUCAACCGGUUCAACACUGAUCCUAGCUACGAUGUCUUGCUUCUGACGACCAGCGUCGGUGGACUGGGACUCAAUCUAACAGGAGCAGAUACGGUCAUUUUUGUGGAACACGACUGGAAUCCGCAGAAGGAUAUCCAAGCCAUGGAUCGGGCGCAUCGAAUCGGCCAGAAGAAGGUCGUCAAUGUAUAUCGAUUGAUCACGAGAGGUACUCUGGAGGAGAAGAUUUUGAAUCUCCAACGAUUCAAAAUCGACGUCGCAUCGACGGUGGUCAAUCAACAAAACGCAGGCCUGAAUACCAUGGACACAGACCAACUCCUAGACCUCUUCAACCUAGGCGAAACGGCAGAAAACGCAGAGAAGCCGAGCGAACUCACAAUGGGCAACGAAGUCGACAUGGUCGAUAUCGACGGCGAAGUCAAAGAGAAGGGCAAGAAGGGAUACCUCGACGAUAUCGAAGAACUCUGGGACGAUCAACAAUACCAAGAGGAAUAUAAUCUGGAAUCGUUCUUGGCGAAGAUGAAGAGAUGA